AAUAGUACUGUGUCAUGGGACGUGAGUUUGGUAAGGUGCAGCAACAGAACUCUUCCCGUCACAUCAUCAGCAAUCAAAGUAGCAGAAGCAGCAGUGAUAGCAGUAUUGACAGUCGCAGCUCAGUGAAGAUGCGCAAACCACUGCUCAACGAACGAUGGACCGCUAUUCUAUACACCUUGGUCGCGGCCCUCACGUACGUCACCGCCGGUACAAUGGUGGGCUGGAGUAGUGGAACCUUACGUCGUUCCAGCCUACCUUCCUCCCAGCACGUUCCGCUCCCGCUGCUAGACAACUGGAGCAUUUCGCUAGCCGCCACGCCAGCCAUCGUAAUCACCGUGACGGCCUGCGUCGUGCAUCGCUGUUACCGCUGGAUCGGUACGAAAGCGUUCCUGCUGACAGCUUCGCUGCUCGCGAUCGGUUCCAGCGCACUGGACGCGUAUGGACUCACCUUCUGGAGUGCUAGUGCGGCCCGCAUACUAGCCGGGAUUGCGGCCGGUAUCGCGUUCACCCUUGUACCGUCGUACGUGGAUGAGUUUGGUGCAGCGAGUCACCUGAACAGCCCGAACCGACCACCGUUGGACGUAAUACUAGCGGCCGCCUUUCCGUUGGGAGUGUUCCUUCGAUUUGGUGCUGACCUGCUCCCCCAACCAGUGGAUCCGCUGUGGAAUGCAAUUCGUUGGAGUGCUCUACCCACGCUUGCGUUUGCGGGACUUCUAUUUCUGCCCGAAUCGGCUCGUUUCCUGUGCGUGACAGGGCGCGUGUCGCAGGCGGCCCUCAUCCUGCAGAGUACCCACGAACCAACGGUACAGCCCGGCCUGCAGGAGUGUCUCGCACGGUGGCAACAGCCUGGGCCGGGGCUGAUCGAAGCAGUGAAGCGUCAGGCGAACCUGACACUGCUCAUCCCACUGCUCGCCCUGUUUGCAUUCCAAGCGUUCGUCGGCGUGCUGCCGAUGCUGUUCUAUCUGGCCGAUCUGGUUGAGCUGGCCGGGCAGCAGCACCAAUCACCGGAACGGGUCGCCACCAUAUUGGUGGCCAUCUUUACCGCAACGGUAGCGUUUAGCCGUUACUUAAGCUCGCCGCUCCAUCCCCGUACGGUUCUGGUGCUGAGUACGGUGCUGAUGGCGCUGGCCGCCAUCGCACUCGGCUGGCACUGUCACGAGCGUCGCACACACAAUCUCGAUCCGUACGACGCGUACACGGAGUGGCCAUUCUUCUGCCUGGCGCUGAUGUACGGUGCGUACGCACUCGGCUUCCAUCAGCAGACCGGCGCGUUGCUUGCGACUGAGGUGACCGACGAGAAUCUGUUUGCCCUACGCACACUCGCAACCGCCAUUUGCUGGGGCUCGGUGUACGUGGGCGUCCGGCUACUGCCGGUACUGCUGAGCACUAUUGGGCUCGGUUGGGUACUGUGGAACAUUGCGCUAGUAGCACUAUCGGCGGCGGGUGUCAUCCUGCUCUGUUUACCUGGACAGGAUGACUACGCGCACAAGGCGCUGCCCGGUGUGUGUCCAAACUCGAUGACUUCUUCGGUGUGCUCGUCCGGUUCGAGCUCACCGAGCGUAAACACUUGUUGGCCCUGUUCCAAUGGCAGUGCGCCCACCAACGGUUCCGCCCCAAUCGCUCCGGAGAUGUUCCAAUACACCGACAAGCAAGCAGUUACAGGACCGGAGUUGGUUUAG